AUGUCAGGCGCGGACGAAACUCCAGCGAGCUCCUCGCGGAUUCCCGGAUUUUCUCUUGCGGCCGUCGGUGUGACAUCAUUCGGUGGGGAGGGGUUCCAGUUGGGCCAGCUCUCCCCUGGUGCUGACCCGGUGGACCAUGAAGAGGCCAUUGCGGCGCAGCGCGCUUCGGAGGAGGAGCGAUGGCAGAAGGCAAUGGACGAUAUGCGUGCUGAGCGGCAGCAGUCGCCAACUGAACGUCGUGACCCGACAUGGACGCCGGGUAACGCGGAUGCUGACGCUGCGAGUGACGGGGAAAGCGGUGGCGAGGAUGGCGGGGACCGUGCCAACAUCCAGCCGACGGACGCUGACCUGGAUCCGAUCGUGGAGGCAGCCCUGUGUAGGGGUGAGCCGGGCUUGGUGAAAGGCAUGUUCGGGGCGUUGAACAACGACUCCCGGCGAUGCCUCAUGUGCAACACGGUGAUUGGUUGGCGUUUAGGCAACACUAGCUCGGGGGCCAGGCAUGUGAAGCGGACGCACUAUCCUAGCCUUCAGAUUUGGGUCCGUCGCUUUCUGGACCCCAACAAGCCUGAUUCACUAGCUUUCCGGGAUGGGGGUUGGGGAGCUACAGUUCCGGAUAGGACGAAGUGGCCGUGGGAGCACGCUGCCACAUGGCCUGACAUGCCGGCAGCAGAGACGGGGGCCGGGCCGAGUGGGUUGACCGGAGGAGCUGCCGUCCCGAGUUGGAGAGCGGCAGCUGCGCGAGGGCUUGGUCAUGCUAUGGUGAUCGACUUCCGGCCGCUGGAGGGCCGUCACACGGGGGAUAAGAUUGCGAAGGAGCUGGAGGAGGUCAUAGGGGAGUGGGCGUUGGGUGGUGGUGAGUUCUUCGGCGUGACGACGGACAACGCCGAGAAGAACAACCGGGCGAUUCGUCUGCUUUGCGGCGUGGCAGACGAGACACCGGGCUCGCGUCCGUGUGACCCUCCCGUCAUGUCCCUGGCUCGGCACUUCAAAUGUGUAGCGCACGUCCUGAACCUCGCAGUGCAGCACACGAUCAAGAUCGAGCCGGUGGCCGAGGCGCUCCGGAGGCUCCGGGCUGUGGCUAGCUACAUAGGGUGGUCGGUGCAGCGGUCGGAGCGUUUUUUUGACAUCCAGAAGCGGUACGCUGCGACCGUCGCGGGGACGCAGGCAAAGGAGGGGGCGGAAGAGGACGGGGAGAGGCAGGCAGAGGGGGGCACUGCCGAGGAGGGGGCGAGGGGGGCAGAUGGUGGCGGCACUGGGCGCAAGAGGCCUACUGACCUGCGCUUGAUCGUGGACUCGGACACGCGCUGGGGUUCUACGCUGGAGAUGGUGGUGAGGGGGUGUGAGCUGUCAAUCCCUCUCACGAUGUACUUCGACGAGUCGUCCAUCCCCAACAUCAGGCAGACCACACGCACGGCCUGGGCUGAGAUCAGGCUUUCGGACGCCCACUGGACUGCUCUCAACGAGCUGCGGGCUUUCCUGGAGCCGUUUGACAGCAUCACCCUGUUCGUGGAGGGGUCUUUGUACCCCACCAUGGGAGCGGUGGUGCCGCAGUACAACAUGCUCCUCGACAUCCUUGAGGCGAACAAAGUUUCGCCCUUCGUCUCGCAGCUGUUCAGGGACCUCUCAACCCGGGCCUUGACCAAGCUGGAACGUCACAUGGGGAGGGUGAGCGAGGAGUGUGCGGUUGCCACCUUCCUCGAUCCUCGGCUCAAGACGGCAACCUUCAGGCUCAGGGCCCGGGGGGCGAGACCUACUGCGCCAGUUGUGGUGGCGGCGGGGGGGCAUGCCAUGGGUGCCAGGACUCUCGACCUGACCGAGGAGAGGGUGAAGGCGCUCGUGCGUGAGCGCCUUCCACCCUACCAGAUAGCAGCCCGUGCAGCGGCAGAGGCGCGCCUUGGGGGUGAGGUCACGAGCGCUAGAGGAGUGACGGGGGAGGGCGCGGAAAGGAGCGGGGCUGCAGAGCGCAGGAGUGCCAGGUCGCGUGGCGUGCUGGACUUUCAGGCAAGGCUGUUCGCUGAGUUGGCCGAGAUGGAGGCAGAGGAGGGGGUGCGGGCACAGGACGAGGUGGACCAGUACCUAGCUGAGGCGAGGCAGGAGGGUGGGUGCGCCUUAGCGUACUGGCGCGGGAGGGAGCUGCAGCUGCCCGGGCUUAGGGCCUUGGCACGCGAUUAUUUGGCUUCCUAG